AUGCAGGAAGUCUAUGACAACCACAAUGGGAAAUCCAAGGUGGUGGGUGCCUACAUCUACACCAAACCUGUUGCUGUCAUAGUGGAUUUGGAUCUCGUGAAGGCGGUACUGAUAAAGGAUUUCCAUAAUUUUUCCAGCCGCAUGACCUACAAAAAUGAAAAGGAUAUUUUGUCCCAACAUCUAUUCAACAUAGAGGGAAAAUUGUGGAGGCCACUUCGCAUGAAAUUCUCACCCACCUUUACAUCGCGCAAAAUAAAAUUUAUGUUUCCAACUGUGCGAAAUUUUUGCGAAGAUUUCGUGCGGAAUUUUGAAAAUUCCAUAGAAAAAUCGGAUAUCGUCAAUGUCCAUUAUAUGAAUAGCCUCUUCACGGUGGAUGCCAUUGGCACAUGUUUCUUUGGCAUAGAGUGUAAUAGCCUUCGAAAUCCCGAUGCGGAAUUUCUGAAAAUAAGUUCGAGAAUUUUUACUCGGAAAAACUUUAAUUUUGUAGAGGAUUUCUUUCGAGAUGUCGUCUGCGAAGGAUUCAAGGCCCGGGAGAGGAAACACAUAAUACGCAAUGACUUCGUGGACAUACUAAUAGACCUCAAAAAAUCCGGGGAGUUAAAUUUGUCUUAUGAUCAAAUUGCGGCCCAGUUAUUUAUAUUUUUCACAGCAGGAUUUGAGACCUCAUCCACUUCGAUGAGUUAUGCCCUCUUCGAACUGGCCAAAUACCCUACGAUACAAAAUAAAUUGAGGCAAGAUAUUUUGGAGAUUAUGGAAAGACACAACAAUCAGCUUACAUAUGAGGCCCUAAUGGAUAUGACCCACAAUAAAAAAUUGAACCUGCUUACAGAAACCCUACGCAUGUAUCCACCUCUACCUUUUCUGCAACGGGUCUCCCUCAACGAUUACCAGCUGCCCAAUACAAAUGUAAAAAUUGAGAAAAAUACUGAAGUAUUUAUACCAGCCUAUGGCAUACAUUAUGAUCCGGAAAUAUACGCCGAGCCAAAAGAAUUUCGACCCGAACGUUUCCUUCCCCCGGAAAUGGCCAAACGACAUCCUCAAGCAUUUUUGGGUUUUGGAGAUGGACCACGAAAUUGUAUCGCUCUGCGAUUUGGACGGAUGAUAACAAAAUUGGGCCUAAUUGCCAUUUUAAGGAAAUUUAAAUUUUCUACCAUACCUGGAGCGGCAAGGGAGAUGGAAUUUUCUAAUCACAGUAUGGUCUUGGUUCCAAAGGAUGGAGUCUAUUUAAAAGUGGAGAAAAUGAAAACCUAA